AUGCUCUCACGUCUCUUCCCUUCGAGUUUGCUUUGUGGCAAAAGCUCUGUCGUUAACCACCAUUCAGAGGAAGACGAUUCGGAUGGGCCCGUCAUAACGCCUCGGCAGGCUCGAAAGAGCACAAGAUGUAUCUUCUGCAAUGUUUCCCGAGACAAUGGUUUUGAUGUCGUAUAUGAGGAUGCAGAGUUCAUAGCGUUCCGUGACUACAACCCUUCUUCGUUGCAUCAUCUUCAAGUCAUCCCGAGAGAUCACAUAGAUAGUGUCAAGUCGCUCUCCAGGUCGGACAUCGAGAGAGUGCGGAGGAUGGCGAAGGUCGGAAACUCGAUUCUGGACGAAUGGAACGUCCCAGCGUUGGACCGCAGAUUAGGCUUUCACAUCCCUCCGUUCAACACCGUAAACCACCUUCACCUCCACGUCCAGGCGCUUCCGUACAAGUCACGUUUGCGUCAAAUGAAGUACCCCAUCUCGCGUCGCUCGGACCCGUACGUCAAGGGUUUCUCAUGGUUUGUCGAGGUCCGGCAGGCCAUACAGCUGCUUGAACGGGGCAAGAAGAUCACAGUGUCCUCAUGUUGA